AGACGGCUGCUGAUCAGGUCACCCAGACAAAGAAUACAGAAGCUGAUCGACACCCUUGCUUGGAGAAGCCCAGCCGACCAAGAGAUGACAUGGCUUGCAGCGAGAAUUGUGGAGCAUCUCGCUAGCGACCUCAACCUUGCUCACUUUCCAGGAACAUUGGAUUGUAUAUCCUCCCUCCUCCACCACAAAACUCUCCAUUUACCGUUUGUAACUGGGCAAAGGGGUGGUGGUGAAGGAAUUGAUAAGGAUCUGCUUUUGCCGGGCUUGAGAAUUCUAGAGAACCUGGCACACGACACACAUAACUGCACACUGAUAUACAACUCCAGGGGUCUUCUUUCAAAAAUUGUUGCGCCUGUCAGCUCCAACGAAUUUGUAGAAGAUACCAAGAGCAGCACUUCAUGGACCAAGGUAGUUGAGGGAUCACUCAAAGUGGUGAGCCGGCUCAUGGGUUCUUCAGGAAGCACUGGCAUAAAGAUGCGCAGACUAAUUGCGAACAAUAGUAAUGCAGUCAAAAACUUGGAGGCCAUUCUGGAAAUGGAUAUGAAGAGCAACAGUGGUAUCAUAGAGCUACAGAUGCGAGCUCUAGAGGUUCUUACACAACUAGCCUUGUAUCAUCCAACAAGUGCUCCUUCUGUGAUGAGAAGAGAAAAACUUAUUGAGAGGGCGCUACACAUCUUCCUUACUGCAGAUUGGAUGGAAGAUUAUUUGAAAGAUGUAAAAAAGAAGAUUGACAAACCAACUCCAAGCCAAAAAAAUACUUCAGCAAGACCGUCAAUGGGAACAUUUAAUAAGCUCUUUAAAAAGGUCAUCAAAGAGAAGACGGCCAAACAAGUGAGAGAAGAGAAGAUGAAAGAAGCUCAGGGAACUGCAGGCCGGCUUAAAGAAAAGGCUGGUGAAGCAUUGGCCAUGCUGUCCAGUGAUUCAGAGGCUAUCAAGAGCUUCACAGGAUGCGAUGAUGAUAUCAAUCGUCUUACUGAAUUGCUCGACUGCAAUAUCAGGACCAUUAAAUGCAAAAUAAGUACAACGGAUACUGUGGAAAUAGAUAUCAACACAGGCUGUCGUAUUAGCGCAGGAGUCAUCUUGAAGAAUUUGAGCAACUACGUCAAUGUACCAACCUUACGGAAGGUAUUCAAACAAUUGCUUUCAGUAGAACAAGACGAGCCUUUUACUUCAGGAUGCCCCAACGAGCAGUGUGGGGAUAGGAGUCUGCAGACGCCGCGGGAUACCCUGGAAGACUUUGUGGUGAGGCUGAAGAAGAUGGUGGAGGACAACAUGUAUGCCACCCCUGCAUGCCUGGCGAUACAAAAGCUUACUUGUGAGCUGGUUAUAGAAUUCAUCAAGGAUGAUCAAAACGUCGAAAUGAUCGACAGACACAAUAUCGUUGCCACAUUACUGGAGGCUUCAGAGGUGAUGGACUGUCUUGAGAGCGACAUGCUUUUCGCUGGUGUCGAUCAUGACUGCUAUGGGGUUCCUCUGAAGCCUCUUUCUUCUGUUCUUGCUAAAAAUGCCGAAGAUCUUUUGACACAGAGGAGACAGGCUCUGGGUAUCACUAUCAACAUUGGGCCUGCCAGUGCACCAAUACCGUGAUUGCUGCAUCACAAAGUAUCUUUGCAUGUCAAGAACACUGGAACGGGUAUUGAAUUCUCGAUGUGAUGUAUGCUUGUUGUUUUUUCUUCUUUUGUUUCCUUUGCGGAUUUGUAAUAAUAACUGGCGCAGUGGGCAUCUAUAUUGCAGCUGCUGGUGUAUCAAUUCAGCUUGGAGCUGCCAACUAAUGUCCUGCUGAAUGUUUAUGCAGUUCUCACUUGUGUUCCAAGUGAUUUUA